GGCAGAAAUGCUGGUUAAUUUGUAUUCAUGUUUUGUUGCCGCCUGGCGGAAAAGCAAACAACGGGACAAGCUUUGACAGUCUGAUUCGGUCUUUAACCAUUCUAUGACUCAAGUGUGUGGAAGCUUAGUUUACUGGAGAAGUGAAAAACGUGGACGGAGCCAGUGACAGAUUAAUGGCUUGAGAACAGUCAUCUGAGACAUCCACCGGUUGAUUUACAUUCCCUGAGUUGGAUUCCCUCACACAGAGUAGCAUUUAGCCUGUCAGGCAGAUCUUAUUUUUUGGGGGAGAAACAGAACAUUUAUUUCUGGAGACAUUUCUGAAUAAAUUGCUUCUUUUAUGGCUGCAAAAACAUAAACAACUGUAUGAAACACCCACUAGAGGGCAACGUCACAUAUAUCACUUUUACAUAAACUGGAUACCAGCAGGAAUUAUGUGAAUUAUUUAAUAACCUAAUAGCUCAAAUGCAGAGACUGAUAAUGACCAAAUGCAGCAUUACUCUCCCUGGUUGGGACCCCACUAUCAAGAAAACAGUCUCUCAUCUGGCCUUGGAUCUAUUAGGCAAGGAGAGGAUGACCAGUGGUCUGCCUUCCUGUUUAUUCUUCUUUCCAAGUGGCAAAACUGUCCCCUAAGGACAGGACAUAUGGACUCCAGACUGCUACAGACGAUACACAUCAACAGUCUGAAUAUUCACAGUAUGAGAACCACAGCACGAGUGCAUGUGAACGCUUCCACACACAAUCUGGCAGAUGUUUAGUUUUUUCAGCUCCUUCUCUGAUUGCGGAACAUUAAACAUUAAAAAGACUAUGCUUGAGCUGUAACUAAGCACUAAAAAAAUUUACACACUACUCCACCCAAAUGCCAUGACUAGGAAAGCCCGUUUAGCCUGGGGUGGGUUGGGUUUUCCUAUGAAGCCUUUGAUACAAGGUGAGCCCUGUUGACAUGUAACAGCAAACCAUGCCCUUACAUGUCCUAUCACCACCGGAAUGAAAAUAAAUCCUCCCAGCACAGUAAUCUGUUUACUAAGAAUGUGACACCCAAGCAUGUUAUGUUUAUGACAUUUUUGAACUCUCAUGUCAGUAUGAUGUUCUUUGCUAAAACUGUCUGAGCUUUAAGAAUUUUAUGAUUUUUUUUUGUUCCCAAACUGUAUCACUUUGUUGAUUUUUUUAAUUAUUCAUUUAUAAACAGAUACAUACGGAAAAAGUGGGAGACAGAAGGGAUUAAAAACAAAUUGACUGUCUCUGAGGAAGCUGAAAUAAGGAAAUGGUUUUCAUAAGAAAAAAAUCCAGGAAGCUAAAAUACAGUAGUAUCAUUCAUACAUUUUUUAAGACAGACUAAACAAGUUUAGUCCAACAGGAUCUUUACUAAUGUUAGGAAAAAUGCACACAUGCCACUUAUAACAAACAAAUAGUGGCUGCAUUCCUGCAAACCACAAUUGGCCUUUAAAUGCGACCAUGAUGAUCUACGUGGAAUGUGAAUUUAUGUCUCAUAAGCAUAAACAAAAGGACAGUCAUCGAGGUCAGGCACCCCUUACGUGACAUCUAGAGUUAACAGUUAAUCUGAGGUUAAAAAGUAGCUUUUUUUUGUAAGAUACAAGCAGUACAAGCAUGGAACCACAAUAAGGAAUUAACACAUUUUUAUACAUCUUAUCCGUCUACCCUACAACAUGACACGCAUUCAAGGACAAAGACACACGCACACACACACACACACUCACGCACACACACGUGCACUACGUGAUCAAGAGAGGUGCUCCUGGCGUGUCAGCUAGCAGUGGAGGCAGAGGGGCGGGCUGAGGAGAGGAGCAUUACUUCAGUCCUGCAUUGCAUACUACUUUUCUCUACAGGAUCCUUAACAGCUCUUAGUGUUUGUUUGUAUGGACAUUAAAGAUUGAAAUAAAGCCCACAAAGGAACAGACACAAGCAGAACAUGGAGGAUUUCUAUUAUCAUGACGAUGAGGACUCCAGCUCAAAUGACAGUUAUGAUUACAGUUACACCCACACUGUCUGUGACAAAGAGACGGUGCGCUCUUUUGCCGGCGUCUUCCUCCCGGUCAUCUACGCCCUGGCUCUGGUGGUGGGCCUGGCAGGGAAUGCCUUGGUAGUGGUGGUCUACACAUCACGGUUGCGACUACGAACCCUGACAGAUGUGUGCAUCCUUAACCUCGCCAUUUCGGACCUGCUGCUUCUUCUCACCCUGCCUUUCUGGGCGGCUGAUGCCGUCCAUGGCUGGAUGUUGGGUACGGCAGCCUGUAAGAUCACCUCCUUCCUCUACAGCACCAACUUCAGCUGCGGCAUGCUGCUGCUGGCGUGUAUCAGUGUGGAUCGCUACCGAGCUGUAGCCCAUAAUCCAACAGGCAGGACAGGGACAGACCCCCACGUAAGGAGACAGUGGCUCCUGGUGUGUGUGGCGCUGUGGACUACAGCCAGCUUUCUUGGCCUUCCCGAACUUGUCUUUUCCACAGUGAAGUCUUCCCAUCACCGGAUGGCCUGUACAGCUAUCUACCCACCCAGCAUGGCCCGAUCUGCAAAGGCUGCCCUGGAGCUGCUGGAGGUGACCCUCAGAUUCCUGCUACCCGUCUUAGUCAUGGUGGUGUGCUACUGCUGGGUGGGACGGGCCCUCAGCCAGGCUGCUGGGGUGCGAAGAGAGCGGAAGUGGCGCGCCCUGCGGGUUCUGCUGGCUGUGGUCGCCGUAUUCCUGCUCACUCAGCUCCCCUACAAUGUGGUCAAGCUGUGCAGAGCGCUGGACAUCAUCUACAUGCUUGUGACUGACUGCGAAGUCAGCAAGGGCCUGGAUCACGCUCUCCAAGUGACAGAGAGCCUGGCACUGACUCACGCCUGCAUUAACCCUGUCCUCUAUGCCUUCAUUGGUUCCUCCUUCAGGGGACACGUCCUCAAGGCUGUCAAGCGUCUUGGACAGCAACUUGGGAGACACUCGAGACAAGUCAACGGAGAGCCGGCGGUGGAGAUUGCACUCAACACACGUACUCAAACGCAAUCACAGUCUGGUUCGGAAGAUCAAGACACCAGCACCUUUACUAUUUAAGACUCAAACCAUGUAUCUGUUUUCCUGUAGGCACCUAUAGAAAAUGAUAUGUAUAUAAAUCUACAUAUCUUAACUAUCAAACAAAACAGACAUCCAUAACCAUAAAUAGUAACUCUCAGUGUAAUAUCUAUAUGUACAGGGAAUUUAUAUGCACUAACUACUAUGCACUCACUAUUUUGUAUAAAUGAUGUAUUUUGUUAAAUAAAAGAACAAAGAUUUUCACUGACAUGCAUCUUCUAACAUCUGUGACAAUUAAAGACAGCUGAAACUAAC